UCUCUUUGAUGAGUUUAGGAUUUUCUCCUCUCUAAAAAUGGAUGGUAGUAUAGAUGGCCAACCAUACUUGAGAGGCCAUGACUGCAAUGUUGCUAGAGCCAAAGCCGGUACUACAUCAUAUGAAUGCAUCAAUGGGCAAGAUCACCUAUUGCCCAUAGCCAAUGUGGGACGAAUUAUGAAGCAAGCUCUGCCAGACAAUGCAAAGAUAUCCAAACGCGCAAAGGAAACAAUGCAGGAAUGCGCAUCCGAGUUCAUUAGCUUUGUCACCGGAGAAGCCUCUGAACAAUGCCGCAAGGAGAAGCGCAAGACGAUCAAUGGGGAUGAUAUUUGUUCCGCUAUGAAGACACUUGGCCUUGAUGAGUAUGCUGAUGCCAUGAAAAGAUAUUUGUGUAGAUACAGGGAGCAUGCAGAGAAGGCCACCUCUAUGAAGCGCAAUAAGCCAGUUCAAAUUAAUGUCAGAAAUGAAUUACCAGUCUUUCGAAGCCAUCAGUAUAGAGACCGAUCGCCAUCCAAGCGUCAUUGCAAUGUUGCACAGGAAAGGAAAUUUCUCUGAAUGCAAUUUUGGGAAUUUGACUGAAUAUUUAAACUGCUUAAUAUCUAUGAUAUGUUCUCUUUUGUGUCUUGCUGUUUUGGUGAGUGGCAGUGGAGUUGUCUAGCUUCUGUACUGCUGAUCUUUAUGUACUACCUUGUGCUGUUUUUCUGCAUUUCUGUAUUCCACAUUGGUACCUUGUCUCUUAAAUGGUCCCUGGUGUUUGAAAAUAUCAAUCUCUCUAUUCUGGGAUAGGGCUUUUCUAUCAAUUUUUGUAUGCUUAAGCUUUCCCAUGUUGAAAAUAUCCUAUGAAGUAUAA